GAGAUCCAUUGUCAAAUUGUUCUGGACGGUUCCGACCUGUUCCGACCACAGUGCUAAAAAUCACUCUUGUGCGCCGCCAUUUUAGCGAAAUUUGUUCCUCGUUUUCAACCAAGUCGAUUGUGAAAAUCGCUCGGAAGUGAGAAAAGCGAAAAACGCACGUCGCCAUCGAACAGAACAGGAAGCACAAGUACAGUGUGACUCAACAAUGGUGAAGGAAACGGGAUUUUACGAUGUGCUCGGCGUGAAGCCUGGUUGCUCCCCGGAGGAUCUGAAAAAGGCGUACAGAAAGCUGGCGAUGAAGUACCAUCCGGACAAAAACCCGAACGAGGGUGAGCGCUUCAAGCAAAUUUCGAUGGCGUACGAGGUGCUCUCGGACCCGGAAAAGAAAGCCAUCUAUGACGAGGGUGGCGAGGCAGCCAUCAAGCAGGGUGGUGCUGGUGGUGCGGGCGGUUUCCACAGCCCGAUGGACAUUUUCGACGUGCUCAUCAACGGUGGUAUGGGCAGUCGAAGAGAGCAACGUGGACAAGACCUGGUGCAUCGGUUGGUCGUGACGCUCGAGGAGCUGUACAGCGGCGCCACCCGGAAGUUGUCCCUGCAAAAGAGCGUUAUCUGUGAUGGGUGCGAUGGCAUCGGCGGUAAGAAGGGCAGCGUGCACAAGUGUGCGCCGUGCCAGGGAACUGGCAUAGUGACCAAGGUGCACCACAUCAUGCCCGGGUUCAUGCAGCAUAACAAAGCACCGUGCCGUGCCUGCCAAGGACAGGGCGAGGUGUUUGACGAGAAACAUAAAUGCAAAAAGUGCGACGGCCAGAAGAAGGUGCGCGACAAGAAAAUCUUGGACGUGCACAUCGAGAAGGGUAUGCGCAACGGACAGAAGAUCGUAUUCAGCGGUGAGGGUGACCAGGAGCCUGGUCUGCAGCCGGGCGACAUUGUGAUAACGCUGGCAGAAAAGAACCAUCCGAUCUACAAGCGUUCGGGCAAGGAUUUGCUGAUGGAGAUGCGGUUGGAACUGGCGGAGGCGUUGUGUGGCUUCCAGAAGGUGAUCACUACGCUGGACAAGCGAAGUCUCGUCAUCACCUCAAUGCCCGGGGAGGUCAUCAAGCAUUCGGCCUACAAGUGCAUCAUGGACGAGGGUAUGCCCCAGUGGAAGAAUCCGUUCGAGAAGGGACGGCUCAUUAUCCAGUUCCGUGUCGUGUUUCCGGACUCGCUGCCAGGCGACGCAGCCAAGCUGCUGGAAAAAUGCCUACCCCCGAAACCCGCCGAGGAGAUCCCGCAGGACGUGGAAAUGGUCGAGCUGGUUGAGCUGGAUCCAGAACAGGAGUCUCGCAACCAGUACAAGAACGCUUAUGAAGAGGACGAGGACGACGGUGGCACCCCCGGCGUACGAAUUCAGCAGUGUGCCACGAGCUAAAUUUCUCUCCUCGAACUUCCCUUCCCUUAACGUCGUGUCGUGGCUCUAGGUGUUGUUAGUGUGGCGGUGUGUUGCAUCAUAUACAGCGCUUCCGUACUGCGUACGAACGCCCGCGGUGUGUUUUCAAAGCACGCUGCCAGCGGUGUAUCCUGAUGCAUCCGGAAGCGAAUCGAAGGAAGAGUGCGGGCGACCAGGACAGCGCGUAAUUGAAAUAAUGGGAGUAAGGUGAACAAAUUGUCAGUUACUGUCCAGUAGCUGUAUAACACGUACCGAGACAAGAAAGGUCACAACACACAUCCAAACCAACGGAACUACGCAAAAGUGUACGGCACGUUCGUGUUCGUAUUCCUUGCGCGGAAUUCAUUACAAUAAAUUAUUAGCACAUCUAUCCGGAUUAAAGGUAACACAUAACUCAACCAAACAAAAACCCAACUGCGAACUUACUGCAAACAAAUGAGAACCAAACCAGGCGCGGAAGGAUUGAUCGGAAGGAGGAGAACGCUAGUGGUGAUAUUUAGAGAAAGGAUGGCGGCAACGAUAGAUGAAUGGGAAGAAGGAUGGUCAAGGUGGGAAUUGCUUCGCUUUAAGCCAAAUCGUGAGGAUAUUUAGAAGAAACGCGUGCGGAAGACUACAUUGCCCCGUUUUGUAUCAGCAAGAUGCACCGUACCGUGUACUAACUUUUAUCCGCAAGUAUAGACACAUUUAUAUUCGCUUUACUCCACUGACUGCACCUUUCAGUACACCCCAUUCCUCGACUCUCGGCAGGCUAUGAUGUGAACACAGAAGACAUGUAACAAUAUUCGAAUGGUAAAUGGUAUAACGGUAAUGUGAUGCGUAGGGCAAGAUACGGAACGAAAGUGGUACUACUAUUCCCGGAGAUUAUUUAUACUCCAUCCGACCUUGACCUUCCUUCAUCCCUGCUACAGGCUGUCCCCUUCCUCAAGUGGUUUUUUUAACCCCGGGCUAAACUUACGUUUCACAAUAGUGUAUUUUCGUUUCUACCUUGCAGCUGAUAGUGAGCGCGUAUGUAAAAUAGUACAUAUUCGAAUAUUCCCCUGUACGUGUUUCAUAUGAACGGAACGAAAUAAAAUUUCAUGUAGCAAAAAAACAAA